AUGCACAGUAUUGUUGCCACUGAAAACAGCCCGAGGUCCACGGAGGUUCAAGUUUCGUUGCUAACACACAUCGCAAUCUUUAGUGUUCGCUCGUUCGACAACACCCGCAGCGAAACGAUCCAGUUCCACACGCCGCUUACUUUGAUUGUCGGGUACAAUGGUUCUGGGAAGACGACCAUUAUCGAAUGUCUCAAAUAUGCCACGACCGGGGACCUUCCGCCCAACAGUAAGGGUGGUGCAUUCAUCCACGACCCGAAGCUGUGUGGGGAAAAAGAGGUCUUGGCUCAAGUGAAGCUAUCCUUCAAGGGCACAUCUGGUGCGAAGAUGGUGGCGACUAGGAGUCUCCAGCUCACGGUGAAGAAGACGACGCGACAACAAAAGACUCUGGAGGGCCAACUUUUAAUGAUCAAAGAGGGAGAGCGGACGGCGAUUUCGUCCCGGGUUGCAGAGCUGGAUCAAAUUAUGCCUCAAUAUCUGGGUGUGUCCAAAGCUAUUCUCGACUCUGUUAUUUUUUGUCAUCAAGACGAGAGCUUAUGGCCUAUGAGCGAGCCUUCUGUUCUGAAAAAGAAGUUCGAUGAAAUAUUUGAAGCAGUCAAGUACACAAAGGCCAUCGACAACAUCAAAGCGUUGCGGAAGAAGCAGAAUGAAGAGCUCGGCAAGUACAAGAUCAUUGAACAACAUGCCAAGGAAGACAAAGAGAAGGCCGACAGAGCUGAGAAGAGGUCCAUAAUGCUCCAGGAAGAAAUUGAGACUCUGCGUGUGGAGACUCAGCAGCUUACCCAAGAAAUGCGUCGAGUCGCUGAACUUGCGGACAAAGCAUGGAGGGAGUCCGAAAGCUACUCUCAAAUCCUUGGUGCACUGGAAGGUAAACGGAUUGAAGCGAAGAGUAUCCAAGCCACGAUCGACAAUCUUAAACGACACCUAGUAGAACUCGACGAGCCGGAUGAAUGGCUCGAAUCGAAUUUGGAGCAGUUCGAGGCGAGGCAACUUCAGUACCAACAGCAAGAGGAGACUGAAAAGGAGAAGUACAUGGAGAUCAAGGAACGAAUCGAAGAGGCACGGCACAAGCUCGGCCUCAAGCAAGCCGAGUAUGGAAAACAUGAGAAUGACAAGGCCAACUUUGAGCGCCAGGUCGAAAGGCGUCAGCGCAUGUCCAAAGGUCUUGCACGAAGCUACAACAUCAGCGGGUUUGAUACAAUUGUGGACCAGUCAGAUGUGGAGGAAUUCAUGGCAAGAAUACGGAAGAUUCUAAAAGAUCAGACCCAGGUCUUGGACCGAGCUAAAAGAGAGGCACAGGGUGAAUUACGUGAAGCGCAGACAUCCCUGAACCAGAUCAGUGAGCGCAAGUCCGUGUUACAAGAAAGCAAAAACGCCGCCAAACGACAGAUAGCCGCAAACGACAAGGAGGCUGCCGGGUAUCAGGCGAAACUGGAUAGUAUUAGCGCGGAUGAGGGCGCUCAAGCUGCUCUUGAGUCUAAUGCCGAGGACAUUCACUCCCGGCUGGACCAGGCUAAAGAGCGUGAACGAUCCGCCUCCCGGGACAAACAGAUUGAAGAUAUAAACUCACAAAUUCGCGAACUCGAAGACGAAAAUUCUCGCCUAAAUGCUGAGUUGAUCGAAGCAACCAAGAAAGCUGGAGACCUGGCUCGCUUGGAUCACCUAAAGAAGGAACUGAAAGAUCGAGAGCGAAGCUUGGAAACAAUGAAGAGUGCUCACGGUGAGCGCCUUUCCAAGUUUGUUAACCCCAACUGGAAGAUCGACACCUUAGAGCAAGACUUUCAGCGCACUCUAGAAGAUAAAUCCAACGCGGUAAUCAUGGCUGAACGUGCAAAGGACAGCCUUAGCCGCGAGCUUGAGCAGGUGGAAUACAAGUUGAAAGAUGUUGAAAAAUCCCUGACGCAAAGGCAAAAAGAGCUCAAGGAAUGUGUUGAGGAGAUACGCGAAGCCAUUGACGAUGAACCCGAAGAAUAUCCCGACGUUGUCAGCCAACGGCAGAAUCAGCUGGACAUGGCGAAGAGUACUGCUGAGCAAGGGGCCGGUAUCGAAGAGUACAUGAGCCGAUGCCUAGCGACCGCGAAAGAGGACAAAAUCUGUCGAGUGUGCGCUCGGUCUUUCAAGAACGAUAACGAUUUGAGGACUUUUUUCAAUAGGCUCGAAGGUCUAAUCAAGAGAGCAAAGCUGCAAGCACAAGCUGAAGACGUCGAGCAAUUGGAACAGGAUCUCAAUGUCGCCCGUGCCGCUAGCACUGCCUAUGAUACUUGGAAGCGUCUCAAAGAGACUGAGAUUCCAGAGUUGCAGCAGGAAGACGAAAAAUACACUCUAGAGCGUGAUGAGCUUCUGGGCCAGCUGGAGGACCGCGACAAAGCCGUCAGUGAGAUGGUCGAGAAGAAACGCGAUAUUGAAGCUCUGUCCAAAACGGUCAGCACUAUUGUCAGGUACGAUAGUGACAUCAAAUCGACUCGCGCACAGAUACAAGAUCUUUCCUCCAAGCAGCAGCAAAAUACAGCGGCUCCUCGUACGCUCGAGGAUAUCCAAGAUGAGAUAGCUAGCAUCGGCGAGAAAACCAGAGCUCUCAAAAAGACUCUGUCAAAGCUUACAAAUGAGAGGGAGCAUGCGCGUGCAGAAAUUAACAGCCUGGAACUGCAGCUCAGGGACGUGAAAAGCAAUCUCGACAAUGUCAAGUUUCAGCUCGAAAGGAAAGCUGAUCUCCUUUCUCGCAUAGAAGAGUAUAAGACUCUUAAUAAUCAGCAACGGGAAGCAAUUGCCAAAGCGGACAGAGAUAUCGAGGAUCUGAAUCCAGAGCUCCUGAAGUAUCAAGCCAUAUAUGACGAUAUCAGUCAACGGGCCGAGGCGCGCGAGAGAGAGCUGCAACAAAUAAUCUCCCAACUGUCUGACAGCAUACACCAGGUAGAGCUCGCAAGCGAAGAGAUUGACGCAUACAAUGAGCGAGGUGGCCCACAUCAACUUGAUCGGAGUAAACGCGAGCUCAAGUCCAUCGAAAAUGAGAUUAGUCAACUCGAAACUGAACAGGCAGCCCUCACCAGGACGAUCAACAAGAUCUCCACACAGCUCAAGGACAGUGAGAACACAAAGCGUCAGUAUGCGGAUAAUCUCACAUAUCGCCAAUCAGUGCGAGCCUUCGAUAAGGUCACAAGCGAGAUCAGGGAAUUGGAGAGUAAGAACGCAGAGGUCGACAGGAGCCGAUUCAAGGAAGAGUCUGAACGCCGGUCCCGCGAGCAUAACGCACUAUCUGCAAAGCAAUCUAGCAAGAUGGGAGAAAUGAAAUCCAAAGACGAUCAGCUGAUGCAGCUAAUAAAAGACUGGGACACGGACUACAAGGACGCAGCCUACAAAUAUAAGGAAGCACACAUCAAAGUCGAAACCACCAAAGCCGCCGUUGAAGAUCUAGCUCGUUAUGGCACUGCCCUCGACAAAGCGAUCAUGAAAUAUCACGGCUUGAAAAUGGAAGAAAUCAACGCCAUCAUCGGCGAGCUCUGGCAAAAGACUUAUCGCGGUACAGACGUUGACACCAUCCUCAUCCGCUCCGACAACGAAAACGCCCGCGGCAACCGCUCCUACAACUACCGCGUCUGCAUGGUCAAACAAGGCGCGGAGAUGGACAUGCGAGGCCGCUGCAGCGCUGGCCAAAAGGUCCUCGCCAGUAUCAUUAUCCGACUCGCGUUGGCCGAAUGCUUCGGUGUCAACUGCGGGUUGAUUGCGCUAGACGAGCCAACGACGAACCUCGAUCGAGACAAUAUUCGGUCUUUGGCAGAGUCGCUGCAUGAUAUUAUUCGGGCGAGGCAGCAGCAGGCAAAUUUCCAACUUAUUGUCAUUACCCACGACGAGGAGUUUUUGAGGUAUAUGCAGUGUGGGGACUUUAGUGAUUACUACUACAGGGUUUCGCGCAACGAGAGGCAAAAAUCAAUUAUCGAGAGGCAAUCUAUUGCUGAGGUUAUGUGAUUAACCAGCCACUGUUCUUAUUUUCGAGCGCGAGGCUGCAAGGCGCUCACGCGGCAUUCUAUUCUCGGCUCAUUCGGUUCUCACUUCAUGUAGGGCUAGUCAUGACACUCAUGGUGUAGCAUAGGUUCCGGCGUUAAGGGCGGGUAGUCAUCAAAACAGAUUCCCAUUAUAUAGUCCAGUCUGGCACGUAAUUGUCCUUAGAUAUUAUGGUUUGAAUAAUAUUAACCCUAAUUAUA